AUGGCGAGAAGGAUCAUGGCGAGAGGAAAGCAUGGCGAGAAGGAUCAUGGGGAGAAGAAAGCAUGGGGAGAAGGAUCAUGGCGAGAAGAAAGCAUGGCGAGAAGGAUCAUGGCGAGAGGAAAGCAUGGCGAGAAGGAUCAUGGCGAGAAGAAAGCAUGGCGAGAAGGAUCAUGGCGAGAGGAAAGCAUGUGGAGAAGGAUCACGGCGAGAAGAAAGCAUGUGGAGAAGGAUCACGGCGAGAAGAAAGCAUGGGGAGAAGGAUCAUGGCGAGAAGAAAGCAUGGGGAGAAGGAUCAUGGCGAGAAGAAAGCAUGGGGAGAAGGAUCAUGGCGAGAAGGAAGCAUGGGAUCAAAGGAGCAUGGCAAGGACACGGCAUGAGACAAUCGUCGAUGUCUUGAGUCACUUGUGUAUCGGCACUCAACAGGGUUUAGAUAAGAGCGCCCAGAGUGAAUACAAGGGAGAUUCUCUUGGAAAAAGCACAGAGAUGUGGGCAGUACGUUCUGUACAGACUUAA